GCGCUUGCGCGUUGGAGGCCGCCGUCGGUCGGAGCCGCGGUCCGCGCCCCUCCCCCGCCGGACGCCGGAGCCCGACUACAAGUCCCAGGGAGCCGGCGGGGAGGGGGGAGGGCCUCCCUCGGGGCGGACGGGCUGAGCGGCACCAGGUCCCGAGUGGGACGCCGCCGCUCUGCCCGGCCGUGCCGAGAAGUCCCGGGCGGACGAGCGGAAAACCCCAGGGCCCGGCCGCGUCGGGAGCCGGCCGCGCCUCCGGACGCCCCAGAUUCCCGUUGUUGUUUAUAGUCAGUGCACGAAAUUCCUCCCCAGCGCCUCCUCCCUCCCGCCCCACCUGCUCCUCGGCCUCCCGGCCCCGCCACUAGGGAGCCUGCGCCCUCAGAGCCGGGUGUCGGAGCGGGUGCCGGAGCGCGCAUUCGGCCGCCAUGGGGAAUGGGAUGAACAAGCAUUACAGAUUCAUUUCAUAUUGAAGGAACAGAUGCUUACGGCAUAUCCUGCCUGGCCUGUAUAUUGGCAACUUCAAAGAUGCCAGAGAUGCAGAACAGUUGAGCAGGAACAAGGUGACCCACAUCCUAUCUGUCCAUGAUAGUGCCAGACCCAUGUUAGAGGGGGUUAAAUACCUGUGCAUUCCAGCAGCGGAUUCACCAUCUCAAAACCUGACAAGACAUUUCAAAGAAAGUAUUAAAUUCAUUCACGAGUGCCGGCUCCGGGGAGAGGGCUGUCUUGUCCACUGCCUGGCCGGUGUCUCCAGGAGUGUGACUCUGGUGAUCGCGUACAUCAUGACCGUCACUGACUUUGGCUGGGAAGAUGCCCUGCACACUGUGCGUGCAGGCAGGUCCUGUGCCAACCCCAACCUGGGCUUCCAGAGACAGCUCCAGGAAUUUGAGAAGCAUGAAGUCCAUGAGUACCGGCAGUGGCUGAAGGAGGAGUAUGGAGAGAGCCCUUUGAGGGAUGCAGAAGAAGCCAGGAACAUUCUGGGCGACCUGGUGUGUGGGGUGCCACCUCACCUCGGAGGACAGGAGGGGAGGCUGGCGAAGAAAGUGGAUCCAGGCUCCUAUCCAGGACCUCCCCAGCCCUGUCUCAGGCCCUUCCACUCUGUCUUCCCAAAAUUUCUGCACUGUCUGGAGGCUGCUCGCUGCCCACAGUGUCACUUGCCUCUGAGGGUCAGUUUGCACGUGUGUGUGUGUGUGUGUGUGUGUCUCUGCAUGCGUCUGUUUGCAUGUGUGAGCGUGUGAACAGUGACGAGCACUCUCAGUCCACACUGCCAGCUGCUACCACCCCCUUUCCCUUUGCCCAGCGCUCCAAGUGAGGGCUUUCCUGUCAGCAUCUGCAGUGCUGUGCAGCCAGAAGCAGCCCUUGUCUGUGAACACGCACUGAGAACUUAGGCAGUGGCUGAAGGCAGCCGCCCCCAGAGCGCAGGUGGCCAUGUCAGGGCAGCACGUGGCCAGACUCCCUCUGAGAUGGCUUCAGGGGCCUUGAAAGGUGGUGGCGGUCAGUGUUCUGACCAUUGCCUAGAUUUAAUGACUGCCCCAGGCCUGGGCUUCCUGCUGCCUCAAGUCAGGUCCCCUUGGAGCCCAUCAUGUCCCCAGGUUCUGUGUGGUAUUUGUUCUCUCUGGCACCCACUGCAUUUUAGUUCUAUGGGGAGCACUACCAAUUUAGCCAAAGCUGUAUGCUCUGAAUGCCCUGCCUUUCUCUUCCCUCCAGCUUCACUGACUCCCAACCACUUGCUGUCUCUCUCUGCCAGGGGCCCUUCCAAAGGCUUGCUCGUACCUUUAGGUAGUGGGAAGAAAGAACAUUUAUUAGGCAUUGUAGCAGUUAGCAUUUAAAAAUACAAUUUUAAAUGUGCACUUAUUGAGCACCUUUGUGUAUGCUGUGGAUUUGAUAUUUGAUCUCAGCUACCUCAUUAAAUGUUUUUUGAAAAGGU